AUGAAGAGCCAUUUCGUCAUGGGCGUUGUGGCUUCUAGCCUUCUAAGCGUAGUGGCUUUGGCCGCUUCUCCCGAUGCUCCUCCAGCGCCCAGAACUCAUUCGAGCGGCAAAAGGCAGAAGCAGCCAAACUUUGUCUUCAUAAUGACGGAUGACCAAGAUCUACACCUUGGUUCCCUCGAAUACCAGCCUGUAGUACAGGAGCAAUUUCUCAAGAAGGGAACUGCGUUCAAGAAACAUUUCUGCACGGCUGCCCACAAUACCAACGUAACUCACGUUAUAUGGCCAUAUGGCGGCUUUCGCAAAUUUGUUGACCAAGGUCUCAAUGAGCAAUAUCUGCCAGUCUGGCUGCAACAAUUCGGGUACAAUACAUACUACGCCGGCAAGCUUAUGAACGGCCAUAGCGUGGAUUACUACGACAAGCCUCGACCUGCGGGGUGGACAAGAUCAAACUUCUUGAUCGACCCCAAAUCCUAUGACUACUGGAAUCCUUCCAUGGUGCUAGACGAUGGCGAGGUUCAAAGUCAUGAAGGCAAGUACUCGACCGACUUGGUUGCCAACUCAUCCACCGACUUCUUGGACGACGCACUCGCUGCUGGCAAACCCUUCUUCCUCGGCGUCGCACCGAUUGGACCACAUUCUGGGCCAGGCUUCAGCAUGCCAUCGCCCGCCGAAAGGCACAAGGAUAUGUUCCCUGGUGUUAAAGUCCCGAGGAAGGAAAACUUUAACCCCGAUCAGAUCAGAUCCAGUGCUGUCAAUUAUUUCGGCAAUCUGCCCAAGAUUAGCGAUGACCAUCUUGAGUACUAUGACGAAUUUUACCGUGCCAGGCUCCAGUCAUUACAGGCAGUCGACGACCUUGUUGCCAGUAUUAUCUCUAAGCUGGAGGCAAACCCAGAGGUCCUUGAAAACACAUAUCUCUUUUAUACCACCGAUAACGGCUACCACAUCGGCCAGCAUAGGCUGCCUCCGGGUAAAACCUGCAGUAUAGAGGAAGAUAUCAACAUCCCUUUUAUUGUUCGCGGGCCUGGCAUCGCGGCGGGCGAGGUGGCCAAAUUUCCAACUUCACACACCGAUGUCGUGCCGACAUUAUUCGACCUGGCUGGUAUACCUCUGCACAACGACUUUGAUGGUGUGCCGAUCCCUGUGACGAAGGAGAAUCAGCAGAAGAACAAAUUAAAGCCAGAGCAUGUGACUGUUGAGUACUGGGGCCCUGGACUCAAAGAGGGAGACAAAAUUAUAGGGAAGGAGAAAAUUAUACACCAAAACACAUAUAAGGCGUUGCGAGUGAUUGGAGACGGCUACGACCUCUCGUAUACCGUGUACUGCACCAACGAGCACGAGCUAUACGACAUUACUGACGACCCGUUUCAGAUGAACAAUCUCUACGUCUCUGAAUUGACUAAAUCGGGCUUCAAGGUCCCCGAGUUAGUAGCCCGUCUUGACGCCCUGCUAGUUACUCUUAAGAACUGCAAGGGCAGGACGUGCCAGCACCCGUGGGAGACCCUGUUUCCUAACGAAGAGGCGGCUAGCUUGCGAGACGCUAUGGAUGCCAAGUACGACAGCUUCUUCAAGAAGCAGGAAAAGGUCGAGUUCUUGGGGUGUAACAAUGCGUACAUACCUGAGCUAGAAGGCCCCCUUGGUUCCCAGCCAUUUACUGUUGUAGGCAAUGAAGCUAAACAAGCACAAAUUGGGGAGGAUGUAGACGAAGGAAAUCAUGGUGAGGGAAUCGUCGUGCCCUUUUGA